AGCUGAGCUCCGAAAAGGAAAACCCCCAAAUUGUCUGCCUAAACCCUCACAGUUCUGAUUUUCUUCUCAAGACGGAAAAUUCUGCUCUGACGAACCCAAGCCCUAGCGUGGAGCACAGAACCUUCAACCGCCCAUUUCUCCUGCUUCACUCUCACUCUCAUUUCUCUACGCCAUUGAGCCGACAAACAAAUGGGACGAAAUGUUUCGGAUGAUUCAGAAUCUCCAGUUAGGGUGCGGCGAUCUUCUCCUAGAAGGAGUCCAUCCCGCAGAGGAAGAUCACCUACUCGCCACAGGAGCUCCCAUAAUGGCAGUUCUCCAGCAAGAGACAAGCAUUAUAGUCGUGCUAAAUCUCCAAAGCAUGGGAGGUCAAGUUCUCCACGAACUCGGUCUCCUUCUCCAAGGUCAAAAAGGUUGAGGAGAGCUGCUGAAAAAGCUUCGGAGAAAUCAAGUGAUAGAGAUCAUGAAAGGAACCGUGGCAGGGGUAGUGAUAAAGAAGCUCAUCGGGAAAAAGUUUCUGAUAGGGAAUUAGGGGGAGAGAGAAAGGAGAGGAGUUCUAGACAGGAUGUUAAGGAUGGAAAAUCUUCCAGGUCAAGACAUGGGAAUUCUUCCUCUCCAUCAGAACGCCACCAUAGGAGCCGCCAUAGAUCCCCAUCGCCCCAACCAGGCUCUGAUGCCAAAAAUCAUGAUGAGGGGAGAAAUUCAAGAAGAGCUGAAAGCCGGAGUGAUGACGAUGAUUCAGUGGCAAAGAUGAAGGCUGCCGAGCAAGCUUUAGAAGCUAAGCAGAAGGACAAACCUUCUUUUGAGCUUUCAGGAAAGCUUGCAGCAGAAACUAAUAGAGUUAGAGGUAUUACGUUGCUGUUUAAUGAACCUCCAGAUGCUAGAAAACCUGAUGUAAGAUGGCGGCUUUAUGUUUUUAAAGCUGGAGAAGUGCUGAAUGAGCCUCUUUAUAUACAUCGUCAAAGCUGCUACCUAUUUGGGAGAGAAAGAAGAGUGGCAGACAUACCUACUGAUCAUCCGUCCUGCAGCAAGCAACAUGCUGUCAUCCAGUUUAGGCAAGUAGAAAAGGAGCAAUCUGAUGGUACAUUGUCAAAGCAAGUAAGGCCUUAUUUAAUGGAUCUAGGAAGCACAAAUAAGACUUAUAUCAACGACGCUGCAAUUGAACCUCAACGUUACUAUGAACUUUUUGAAAAAGACACAGUGAGAUUUGGCAAUAGUAGUCGAGAAUAUGUUUUGUUGCAUGAGAAGUCAGCUGGAUGAUAAGCCUCAAAUUUAAUUUAGUGUCCGUCAGUCAAUUCAUCCAGUGGGGGAUAUGUUUGGUUUUCAUUGAGGCUUCAGAGGUGUUCCCAUCAUCAGGAUGUCGCGGGUAAUUGGCAAACCAUUUUAGAUUUGUCUUUGUAAUCAAUACCUUCAAAGAAAGUAUUUUUAUGCUAUGUCCUAUUAAAAAUGUCUUGAACUGAACUGAUCAGUGAUGCAUUUUCAAGUCUAUUAAUAGUAAAAUUUUGAUAUCUCA